GCCCUUUAAAUAGAGGCUGCAGAGGAGCGCGCGUAUAACGGAGGGAAACGCCGUCCAAAGAGGGAGAUCAUUUCCCUUUGCCUUCGACAACCUCUUUGCGCUUGGAUUGACUCAUUGUUUUUUCUUCUCUUCGGAGUUUCCAACAAAGUUCUGGGCUACUCUUUUUUUUUUUUUGUAAAAUUCCUUUCUCACCUCUUCCCACUCUGCGCUUAUCUGGACACGAUGGCCAGCACGGGACUGCAGCUCCUCGGGUUCUUCCUCGCCCUGGUCGGCCUCGCCGCCACUGCCGGCGCCACCUUGAUGGUCGAAUGGAAGAAGCAGUACCAGGGCAAGACGCACCGCAUCUUCGAGGGCCUGUGGAUGAGCUGCAGCGGCAACGAGAGAACGACCUGUGAAUUCCACCAGUACGUCCUGAAGCUGCCGACUGAGGUCCAGGCCACCAGGGCCGUAAUGCUGCUCAGCGUAUUCCUGUCCGCUGUGGCCCUGCUGGUGUCCACAGUGGGGAUGAAGUGCACCCGCUUCAUGGACGGCAAAGAUGAGAGCAAGUCCAGGACCGCGAUGGUCGGGGGGAUCAUGUUCAUGGUUUCAGGUUUGUUGACCCUCAUCAUAACCUCCUGGUACGUUAAAAUGAUUGUUAAGACCUUCAAUGAAUCCAAUCCCCUGCAGAGCUUUGAGUUCGGUAACGCGGUGUUUGUCAGCUGGGCAGGCGGCCUCCUCACCGCGGCCGGGGGGGCUUUCCUGGGCUGUCGGAGAUGCUGGCGGUCCCAGUCCAACAGCUCCGUCAGCUCCAACCACCUCCUCUCCACCACCCACCCAAAGUCCAACUACGUCUAGGGGGGGGGGGGGGGGGGCGCUGGAUUUACCAACGGGAGCAGGUUGUGCUUUCUACAAUGAGGACAAAUCAGGAUUAAAAAUACCUGCUGAACUUCCAGUUAGUGACCGGGAUCAGGAUCGCACAAAAGAUCAAGCAGUUUGUUCUGAAUUUGAAUCCCAUUUUGAUGCGGUAGCUUGAAUUUCCUCCGUUUCACCAUAAAACGUGUUUGGUUGCCACUUGGGUGCUGACAGUCAUGGUUUCUGCUGCUGUCAGCUGUUGUUUUCCAUUGAGAGAAAUAAACGUAACACAUGAAAAUAUUAAAUGAAGUAGGCAACGUGGUGCAGGAACAUCCUGUUGGCUUUGUGACGAGGGAACAUGUGUGACGCUCCAGGCUCCAAAAAUAAAGACUUAUUUCAAUAGUUUGCAGCGUAUCAAAAUGUUGUGUCUAUAGACACAACAUUUUGACAGUUGAUGGAAACAUUGAUUUUAAGGUGUACAUUGUUGUACAGUUUUUUGCUCUUCAGCUUCACUUUUGAUAUAGAAUGUUUGUGCGAUGUUGUUCAUUAGUUUUCAUAUUUCCUUGUCGUAUUUUAAUGACAUUUUGUUGACUUUGCCAAAUGUAGAACAUUCUGUCUGUGUGCAGCGUUUUGAAAAGUAAAAGAAAAUGUGUUUUGUCUUUCUCACUUUGUGUUCCAUUUCCUUAUGCCUUUACUUUAAUGACUCUUUAUACUCAAAGUCAGACUCCUUGGACUGGCUUUUAGCGCACACAGAUAAAAAGUGUCCCUCAGCA